GAGCUUAACUUUCAGAGAAAAAGGAGAGCGGUUUCUAAAUCAGAAAAGAACGAAGCGAUGGCGGAUCAGUUGACCGACGACCAGAUCUCCGAGUUCAAAGAGGCCUUCAGCUUGUUCGACAAGGAUGGCGACGGUUGCAUUACCACCAAGGAGCUUGGCACUGUAAUGCGGUCGCUAGGACAGAACCCGACUGAGGCGGAGCUUCAGGACAUGAUCAAUGAAGUCGAUGCUGAUGGGAAUGGAACCAUUGACUUCCCUGAGUUUUUGAACUUAAUGGCAAGGAAAAUGAAGGAUACAGACUCUGAGGAGGAACUGAAGGAGGCAUUCCGGGUUUUCGACAAGGACCAAAACGGUUUCAUUUCUGCUGCUGAGCUGCGCCAUGUCAUGACAAACCUUGGGGAGAAGCUUACUGAUGAAGAAGUGGAUGAGAUGAUCCGGGAGGCUGAUGUGGAUGGAGAUGGUCAGAUAAAUUAUGAGGAGUUUGUGAAGGUUAUGAUGGCAAAGUGAGGAUUUAAUCACUUAACCUUUUAUGAAUUCCAUUUGGUGGUUUUGAUUUGAAGACUUAAAACGUGGGCACGUCUGUAAUGAUGGUGGGUGAACUGUUUAUCAUGGUCCUUUAUCUGUUUCUAUGACUAUCUUGGUUUAGUUUUAUAAUGCAACUCUUUUCUGAUCUCAUGUGUUCAGAGCCUAAAUGGACAACUCAUUUUCUUAUUACAGUAUUGUCUAUUAAUUUCAGCUACUGUGCAUAAGAAAUUAAGAAAUCUAUGUUUGGUAUAUUUAAUGGUUUUGUUUGACUAGAGACAUUGGUACAUGGUUUGUCAAAAUUGGAAAAAUGAAAUUUAAUGCGUAGU